AAAAUAAAGAAAAAUAACCGAAUGAAUUUUCUCUCCUCAAACUCCAACUCGCUCCAGCUGCUCUGCAUCGCUUCCUCCUCUUAGAACCCUACCUACUUUCCUCCACGAAACCACCAUCUUGUAGUUGUAUCACCACCUCUGGUCGGCGGCGUCUCUGCCAACCAUCUCUCCGUCACUGCCGCUGCUAUUAUUUGUGUUACCCGGAAUGUGGUACGUUGCCACGUUCCAUGAGCCGGGUUCGUUCGUCCCGGGUUUGCUGCGGAUCGCGUACCGGUACGGUGAAGCUGGCGUACCCAAUUGUAUGGUAGAAUACCCGCCGAAGUUCUAAUCCCUUCUCCAGUGAAACCGCAAUGGAAAGAUACUCCAGGAUGGGAUUUAUGGGAAGACACUCGAGAUUUCCAUAACAAGAAAAUGAGAAAAUUUACGAUACUAUAACUGCUGAUUGGGCCUUCCGUCUCAACAUGUCUCUUUCUUUAACACCUGCAAAGAGACAACAUAGUCGAAGCCAUGAGAACUCAAAUGGCAAAAAAUUUCAAAAGUCUGCAAGUCUUAAUUCUACAAAACAACCUAGGAAAACCUCAUCUGGAGGUGGUGUAUUCCGUGUGCUCUGCCCAUCUUCUAGAAUUGAAAGUGUGAUUGGAAAGGAGAACAAUAUCCUAUCACAAAUACAUCAAGAAACUGGUGCUAAGGUAAGAAUUGAUGAUUCUAUUCCUGGAUGUGAUGAGAAGUUAAUCUUUAUUAUGGGUCUGGAUAAGGAAGCUGAGAGCAGCGGUCAACAUAACAAGAAUGACAAUGAGGACACGAAGUCAUCCAAAGAGCAAGGCAGUUCCGAAGAUCACAAUGUAAAUGAUGCUGACAAGGAGACUCCUACAAAUGCUGAAGAUCUAUUGUCCAAGAAAGGAAAUUCGUCUGUGCAGAAUGCUUUGUUACUUGUGUUUCAAAAUUUUUAUGAAGGGGAGAGGGAGACAGAAGAACCUAAUGAAGAAAGCAAUGAAUCUGCUGCAGUCACUUUCAGGUUACUUGUGCUUGCCGAUCAGGUGGGAUGCCUUUUGGGAAAGGGUGGCUCUAUCAUCAAGCAAAUGUCUGCUGAGAGUGGUGCUCAGAUUCGUGUUCUCCCCAGGGACAAACUCCCUCAAUGUGCCUCUUCUACCGAUGAAGUAGUUCAGAUCACAGGAUUAGCUGAUGCUGUGAAGAAAGCAAUCAGAACAGUGUCCAAUCAGAUUCUGGAAAAUGCACUACAUGAUAACGAUUCUUUUCCUUCUAAUACCCCUGGACGCACAUCUCAAUCACACAGCAAUCAUGUUCCUAGGCCUGAAUCCUAUUUCCUUCAUUCGCUGCCUUCUCAUGGGCCAUCGGGUGGUGGCUUUCGUGAUAGUGCUGAUUUUCAUUCAGGUGUUCCCUCAUUGUUUCCCAAGUUCCAUGAAAACUUUAUGCCAGGGAGAAUGGAUGUUCCUGACAUUGUAACCUUUCGAUUACUAUGCCCUGACGAGAGGGUAGGAGGUGUGAUUGGAAAGGGUGGAGCAAUUAUUAGGACUCUUCAGCAUGAAACAGGGUGUGAGAUCAAAGUUCUUGAAGGCCCUUCUGAUGGAGAGGAACGAAUGAUUAUUGUAUCUGGUCCAGCGCACCCAGACGAUAGAAUAUCUGCUGUUCAGGAUGCAGUUCUCCGUGUGCAGAAUCGUGUAGCCAAAGCUGUACCUGAUAGCAAAGAGAAGGGUGUAAUGGCAAAGCUUCUUGUACCUUCUAAUCAAAUUGGCUGCCUUCUAGGUAAAGGUGGCUCAAUCAUUGGUGAGAUGCGGAAAGUCACUGGGGCUUAUAUUCGCAUCUUAGGGAAAGAUCAAAUGCCUAAGAGUGCCUCUGAGAAUGAAGAAGUAGUUCAGAUUAACGGAGAACCGGAGGUAGUUCAAGAUGCCCUUUUGCAGAUAACUACGAGACUUCAGCAUCAUUUCUUCCGAGACGCAUUUCCUUCCGUUAAUCAUCCUUCAAAUCUUGCAUUCUCAGAUCGAGCACCACCUUUUCCUUCAUUUAUGGGACGAGAAGAAGUUUCUCCUCGAGGAAUGUUUCCAAAAUUAGGCCCUUCAUUUAGAAACACUGAUUACAUUGGUUUGCCUCCUUUGCAUGGUGGUUUUCAUCCUCAUGAUGAACAUCCGCCGUUUCUGCACGAUAUUCACCGGCAUGGAGCUCCAAAUCUUUCUGAAAGAUCCUGGCAUCCCCAGAAUCUAAUUGAAGGUGGUCCUAUGGGCUUGUUGGAUCAUGGUGGACCCCCGCAUAGACGGAUGUCUGGAUUUGGAGGGGGAAGCCAGCUAGCUGUAAUCACAAAUACCACUGUGGAUGUAGUAGUUCCCAGUUCUAUUGUACCUAUUAUAUAUGGAGAAGAUGGUGGAUGCUUGAGACAAAUUCGUCAGAUUUCUGAUGCCAAGAUUACCAUCACUGAUCCCAAACAAGGUGCGCCUGAAACUGUCAUCAUAAUUUCUGGAACUCCUGAACAAACUCAUGCUGCACAAAGUCUUAUUCAAGCGUUUGUAAUGCUUGAGAAUGAAUCGGGUUGAAAAAGCUCGUGGCUGCUUUCAUGCUCACAUUUAAGGAGUAAUCAUUUUUUUGCUAUCUACAAAAUGUAACUCUAGACCUUGCGCGUUAUUUUCAACAUAUUCAUGACAUUAAUACGGAGUACUUCGUAUAGAUUUUAAUAUAUUUUGGGGAAUACUCUUCAUUCUAGAGGGAGUAUUCCAUACCAAUAUCUGUGUCAAUACAUCUCCUUUACAAUUGUAUUUUUUCACGAUGACAAAUAAAUAGUUAGAAGAGAAAAUACAGUAGCGUGAAUGAUGAAAUGCAACUCGUUUUCCAUUACAAAUUCAUUAGUAUUCA